AUGUCUGAACAUAAUAAUAAAAACAAUAGCAUAAAGGAUGAUGAUGACUUUCAUAGUCUCUUUGGUACCGAUACAAAUUUCGAUAAUUAUUUAAAUUUAUCAUCAAAUCAAAAUUUGACCACGGCUGGUCAACCAAAUAAUGGUAAUAAUAAUGGAUUUGAUUCUAUGUUAGAAGUAUUACCCGAUGAUAUUAAUUUUAGUUCAUUUUUCACACCUCUACCGACUGAUGAAGAUGAUAAUUUAAGUUUAGUCUCUGAUAGAAGUAAAAAUGAUCCAUCCAGAGUCACGCAUACUCCUAUAGAUUCUACAACACAAUCGAGAAAUCAAUCUAGUCAUAGUGUUCAACCUUCACCAGCUGUUAAAUAUGAAAGUAUAUUUCAUCAAAUAUCAUCUCAAGAUAAUAUUUCUAAUAAUGUUAAAAAUAAUAAUAAUAAUCAUAAUGGAGAUUCUUUGAAUAAUUCAAAUAUAGUAAUGACUCAACCUAUAGAUAUUGCAAAUCAACAAAAUGGUGAAAUUGCAGGAUUAUGGGAUUUUAAUGUUGAUACUUUACAAAUGACACCAGGAAAUUCAAGUGAUUCAGCUACAAUUAGUGCUCCUAAUAGUUAUAAUUCAAGUAAUUUACAAAUGUCAUCAAGUCAUAAUGCUAAUUCGUUCAAUCAAUUUAAAACUCUGACAAGUCAUGCUUUAACGGGUCAGGGGCAAAAGACAACAACAUUAUUUCAAACAUCUCAACAAAAUGGUAUACCGUCAUCUUCCUAUUCUAAUUCUAAUAUGAAUUCUAUAUUUAACAAUAACAACAAUAAUAGUGGGAACCACGCUAAUUCUUUUAAUAUUUACAAUAUACCGAGUGGGUCUAACAAUAAUAAUAAUAUGAGUAAUAUAAUUAGCUCCUCUUCAUCAAUGGGAUUAGCUUCUUCCAAUAAUAACACCAGUAAUAAUAUCCAGAAUAAUGGCAAAUCUAAUAGUAGUAACAACAAUUCACAAUCAAUGUUCAGGCAAUCGUCACGUAAAUCAUCCAUGUCACAGUUAUCUACAAACCUUGUAACAACAGAUAAAGGUAUAUCUAUACCGUUAAGUUCCACAAAUACAAAUAAUUCAAUUAGAAAGAAUCAAAUGCAAAGGCAAUUAUCAUCAACUUCGUUGACAAAUCUAAAUAAACGUACAUCUUCCAUUUCAGAUAUUUCAACAAGUGCAAAUAAUUCUUCCAUAUUAAAUAGGAAACCACCUGUACAAUGUUUCAAUUGUAAGACAUACAAGACUCCUCUAUGGAGAAGAGAUCCUAAUGGAAGAACUUUAUGUAACGCUUGUGGGUUAUUCCAAAAACUUCAUGGUACAAUGAGACCUUUAUCUCUUAAAUCUGAUGUUAUAAAGAAAAGAAAUACAAAGAAAAGAACAAAAAAGGCUCUGGCUACCCAGAAUCAGGCUCAGGUACAGGCACAAAUUCAAGGUCAAAAUCAAGUUCAUAUCGAGUCGGCAAUGAAACUGGACAAUUCAGUACAAGGUUCCCUGGAUAUUCAAGAAAAUGUGAUUUUCGAAGAUAAACAGAGUAACAUACGAAGAAAUUUUGCACCUCCUUCUAUAUCAAACGCAACAGCAACCACUGCAAUGACUAGAGCCGCAGCGCAAUCAAACAUCUCGAAAGCAAGAAAUCGUGGAUCAUUUACUGGUAGUAAUCCAUCUGGUCCAUCUUCUGUGUUUAAUAUGAGAAUGACGGAAGAAAUACAUUCCAAUGAUCCAAGAAGUUAUUCUAAUCAAACAGGUAUGUUAGGUAGAGGAGGAGGUAAUAGAGUGGCUAUGUCUCCUGCAACAUCUUCAAAUGAUCUUUCUCAAUUCAAUAAUACCAAUCAAACUAAUAAUAAUUCAGUGAAAAUGAACAGAAGAGGUAGUACAUCAUCCAACACUUCUAGUAGAUCGUCGUCAUCACGCUCAAUGAUUCCUAUAUUACCAAAACCUUCUAAUUCUGGUGCAGGGUACUCAAAUUCGAAUAAUAAUAGUACCACAUCUUCACCAAGGGUAGUCUCUAAUGGUUAUCCAUUUGCAUCUAAUUCUCCAAUACAAACAGGAUUGUUUUCAAGUUCGGCAGGCAGAAAUGGUAUUUCAAUACCACGUCGUAAAAUGUCACGUAAUGCAUCACAUUCAUCGUCGUUUAUGGCGGCAUCCUUACAACAGCUUCAACAACAAGGAAUGACCUCUAAACAGGCACAGCAAUCUGGUAAUCAAAUACAACAGGAUUCAGGUAGGAUGCAGAGUAGUACAGUAACGCCAUCACCUAUGAGAGAAAAUUAUGAUAUGUUUACCCAUGAUAACAAUCAAAGUAUAUUUCAAAGAGAUAAUGUAAAUUCCCAAACGAAUCUAGAAUCAUUUUCUUACCAGACCAAGACUGAUAAAUCACAUACAUCACUAUUAUCACAACAGUUAAGUGAUUCUAGUAACAAUACAACUACAAAUGCUAACUUAACUACUAAAAAUGGACCUGCCCAUCAACAAGAGCAUCCUGACGGUUCAAAUAAUGUAUCUGCUAAUGAGCUCGAUUGGCUUAAAUUUGGUAUUUAG